CUGAACCUUCUUUUAUUGCUAAAAGUGAAGAUCGUUUGUUUAAACAUUUAUUUGAAGACUAUCAAAGAUGGGUUCGUCCAGUGGAACGCUUGAAUGACACAAUAAAAAUAAAGUUUGGCCUUGCAAUCUCUCAACUAGUAGAUGUGGAUGAGAAAAAUCAAUUGAUGACAACAAAUGUCUGGUUGAAACAGGAAUGGAUAGAUGUAAAAUUAAGGUGGAAUCCUGAAGACUAUGCUGGAAUAACUUCUAUUCGUGUCCCAUCAGAUUCUAUUUGGAUUCCAGAUAUUGUGUUGUAUGACAAUGCAGAUGGACGUUUUGAGGGAACGUCUACAAAAACUGUGGUAAAAUAUGAUGGCACCAUUGCUUGGACUCCACCAGCAAACUACAAAAGUUCUUGUACUAUUGAUGUAACCUUCUUCCCCUUUGACCUCCAAAAUUGCUCUAUGAAAUUUGGUUCCUGGACUUACGAUGGCUCACAGGUUGAUAUAAUUCUUGAAGAUUAUGAUGUUGACAAAAGAGACUUUUUUGAUAAUGGAGAAUGGGAAAUAGUGACUGCAACAGGGAGCAAAGGAAAUAGGACUGAUGGAUGCUGCUGGUAUCCUUUUGUUACAUAUUCAUUUAUAAUUAGACGUUUACCACUUUUUUACACAUUGUUUCUCAUUAUUCCUUGUAUUGGGCUUUCGUUUCUAACUGUUCUUGUCUUCUAUCUUCCUUCAAAUGAAGGCGAAAAAAUUUCACUUUGCACUUCAGUACUGGUAUCUUUGACUGUUUUUCUUCUUGUUAUUGAAGAGAUUAUUCCAUCAUCUUCUAAAGUUAUCCCACUUAUAGGAGAGUACUUGGUGUUUACUAUGAUAUUUGUGACAUUGUCCAUUGUGAUAACUGUCUUUGCUAUUAAUAUUCACCAUCGCUCUUCGUCUACACACAAUGCUAUGGCACCUUGGGUUCGCAAGAUAUUUCUUCACAAACUUCCCAAGCUGCUUUGCAUGAGAAGUCAUGUAGACAGAUACUUUGCUCAGAAGGAGGAAACAGGAAAUAUGAAUGGAUCAGAAUCAUCUAGGAACACCUUGGAAGCAGCUCUAGAUUCUAUCCGAUAUAUUACAAGACAUGUUAUGAAGGAGAAUGAAGUGCGUGAGGUUGUUGAAGACUGGAAAUUUAUUGCUCAGGUGCUUGAUCGAAUGUUCUUAUGGACUUUUCUUCUGGUUUCAGUAAUUGGAUCACUUGUGUUAUUUAUUCCUGUUAUUCAUAAAUGGGCAAGUAUAAUAGUACCUACACAUAUAGGCAGUACAAAUGCAUAA